AUAUAGCUUCCUCCUUCUUGACAUGUCGAGGAGAAUUUCGAUCCGCUCGCCCUCUCAUCACUAGCAGAUAGGUUGAUCAGCCACUGCAAUCAAUCUUGGUCUCUUACUUCUUCUCGCACCGCCAGACACACAACUGCCAGCAACCAUGGGUGGCGGAACUUCCAUCUGGGCCUCGCCCGAUUACAAGAAAGAUCCCAGGGAGAUCUUCAACAAGAGGCUUCUUCUUCUGGCGUUGACGACUGCCUGUGCAGGCUGCGCUUAUGGAUUCGACCAAGGCAAUAUUGGCGGUGUCCUCACAUUCCCUGCCUUCCGCUCGACCUUUGGAUACGAUGAGCUCUCCGCUCAAGCUGCGGAUGAGAGAGAAGGCGUGGUAGCAGGCAUGCUUUCGGCCGGCGGCGCUGGAGGUGCCCUCAUUGCGGCCCCCCUUGCUGACUUCCUCGGCCGCAAGUACGCCAUUGCCAUCAUGAGCACUGUCUUUAUAAUCGGCGCUGCCCUGCAAGAAGUCCCUAUCCUGGACGCCAUGUAUGUUGGCCGAUUCCUGGCCGGCCUGGCUAUCGGCGCCACGUCCAUGCUUUCACCCCAGUUCCUGGCGGAAAACUCGCCCAAAUCCAUCCGUGGCACACUGACGACCUCAUACAACCUCAUGAUCAUCAUGGCGCUCGCUCUUGCCUUUUGGAUCAACUACGGUAUCAGCCGCUGGCCAGAGGAGCAGUUCAAGACGAAUAGAUCUUGGCAACUGUCCCUCGGCAUCCAGAUGAUACCAGCGGGCUUCGUCAUGAUUUCGAUUUGGUUCCUCCUCGAGACGCCGCGUGCUCUGAUCGCCCGAGGAAAAGACGAGGAAGGACUCAAGAACCUCUGCAAGCUCCGCCAGCUGCCAGCUGAGCACCCCUACGUCCAGCAGGAAUACAACGAGAUUGUGGCCCAGACCGAGAGCGAGCAAGGCAGCGCCAGGAGCUUCAACUACAUUGCCGUGUUCAAGUCCCUAGCAGGCAGUGCGACCAACCGACGUCGCUUUCUCCUCUCUAUGCUGCUGUUCCUCUUCCAGAAGCUGACCGGCACCGACGCCCUCAACUACUUUGCGCCUCAGAUCUUCACCAUGAUUGGUGUUCCGGCCGGUUCCAGCUCGCUUCUGACUGUUGGUGUGUAUGGCAUUGUCAAACUGACGGCCACCAUCAUCUAUGUGUCGUUUAUUGUCGACCGUGUCGGCCGCCGUAUCCCGCUUCUCGUCGGAGGAACAAUCCAGGGCUGUGCUAUGCUCUACAUGGGCCUCUACCUCCGAUUCGGCAACGUGGAGGCUGGCGCUGGGACCAACGCUGGAGGCAUUGUCGGGAUCAUCUUUAUCCAGCUGUAUGCCAUCGGCUGGUCUUUCGGCUACUCGGUCGCGCCCUACGUCGUCACCGCCGAGAUCUUCCCGACACGCAUCCGCUCCGUCGGCAUGUCGCUGUGCUUCUGCUUCAAGUGGCUCGUCACCUAUGGCAUCACCUCGGCUGUCCCUCACAUGAUGCGCAAUCUUGGCUACGGCACGUUUCUCUUCUUUGGAUGCUCGACCCUGUUCGGCGUCUGCGUCUUCUAUGUGAUCUUGCCCGAACUCAAGGGCCGCAGUCUCGAGUCGAUGGAUGAUCUCUUUGAGCGCCCUCUGUACAAGAUGUGGAAGCAUGCCUAUCCCACCGAGGAGGAGAAGGUGUACCAUACCACUAACCCGGUUUUUGAGGAGAAGGAGGGUUUCGAGCACGUCACGAAUGUCGAAACACGCAAGGGAGCCGAUGUCUAA